AUGACGACCUACAUACCUUCACUCACGCUGCCUGAGGCAGUCUUCAACAACCUUCCCGGGUCAAUACUGUUGCCAGUCGUCCUUGGGACAGCCGUAGGUUUCAGCACCAGACGUACUUCACCACGCCAUGACCUAACAACAGCGCCCUUUGCAGCCGACAGCAGCCAUCGCGAAUCCGUCACCCUAAAACAUCCCCCCUUACGCCCCCCUGCCGGGGUCUUCGGGCCAGUCUGGACCACGCUCUACGGUAUGAUGGGAUACGCCGCAUACCGAGCAGUGAACCCAGGCAACCUGGCAGUAAACUCUACCGAAACAAUAACCGCUGCCCGACAUGGCGCAACUCUCUACACGAUCCAGCUGGGCCUGAACCUAGCCUGGAUGCCGCUCUUCUACGGCUUCAACCACCCUAUCCUGGCCACCGCCGACGCUGCGGCGCUGCUUGGUAUCAACUCGUACCUGGCUUGGUUAUGGGGCACCAAGGUGGACAGCACGGCGGGCUGGCUGCUGGCGCCCUACGUCGCCUGGCUCGGGUUCGCGACCUACCUCUCGUUCGGGACCGGCUACCUGAAUAACUGGGAUCUCAGCCCCAUGGUCGGUGGUGGGACUGCAGGGGGGAAGAAGAAGGCGUAA